GAGUGUUUUGAGGAUUUAUAUUGAACUCGAACUGUUAAAUUAUUUCUGCAAACAUGUAAACUUGUUGGUCACUGUUAAGUGUUAUAGCCUUAAAAUGUUUAAAUCAAAUCCGGGCAAGAAUUAGUCUUUAGAUUUAUAUUUUCCUCAAGAAGACUUGGAUUUGUUGAGGCCUAGGCUAGCCCUUGCUGCUUGUAUUGUGUUAAUUUGCUUUCCCAUAAGUAAGUUAAGUAGGUAGUGUUGUUAAAACUAACUGUAGGCUACAUCGUUUAACAACUAAUUUAUCCAGAAUGAAGGACGGAGAAAAGGAUGAUAUAUAUCAUUUAGACUCAGAUAAACCAUUUACUUUGAGAGAUGUGUACCGGAAGUUAAAUAAACCAAGAUUAGAAGUUCUUGAAUGGUUUCAAGAACUAGGUCUAAUUGCAAGAGAAUUUUCUUGCACUGCUCCUAAUUGUAAUUCGCCAAUGAUAUUAGAAUCCUCUGAGUGUAUAGAUGGCUAUCAAUGGGUCUGCUCUAACCGCAGUAAAAAACAUUCAUUUAAAAGAUCUGUUCGCAAAGGAACAUGGUUUGAAGGCUCCAGAUUAGCAAUGGAAGAAAUAAUAUUGAUGAUUUAUUUUUGGAUCCAUGAAUUCAUGCAAUCUCAGGUGAGACAAGAGUUGAACAUAACAAAUUCAGAGAGUGUUGUUGCCUACUUUAACUACUGUCGUGAAGUUGCUGUUGACGUAAUGGUGAAAAACUCAGGGAAAAUUGGUGGGUAUGGUUGCGUGGUUGAAGUUAUUGUAAGUAAAUUCAAUAGACGUAAACCUGUUAGGGGCAAGAAAGCCGAAGAGCGAUGGGUAUAUUGCGGAGUAGAACUUGGUCGAAAUUCAAGUAAAUGUUUUAUGGAGCCUGUUGAUAUCCAUUACACAACAACCUUUAUUGAAGUGAUCAAGAAGAAUGUAUUACCUGGGUCUACAAUUUACUGUGAAUGCCUGCACGUUUACAAGGAGUUUGAUUUGCAGGGUCUUCAAGAAUUGUGUUCAGACCAUAAAGUGACUCUGACCGAUAACUUGAACAAUGUAACUGACUUGAAUCAUCCCGUUGAAAGUCUGUGGAGUUUACUCAAACCAACUUUACCUCCUUACAACAGACAAAGAGAAAAAUCUAUGUUCACUGGUUACCUUGGUGAAUUCCUAUACCGCAAAAUGAUCAAAGAUUCGUCUGACAAAUUCCUGAGAAUCAUAAACGACAUUGCAACUCUUUAUGAACCAGCAAUAUCAGACUAGGCAUAAUUCAAGCAAGGAUCAUUCAAGUUCGAGACACUGAAGGAAAGCCACCUUAUGAGUGAAUAUGCACAUUCUUGAUGUUUAUGAAUUGUAAAUAGUCUAAUACCUUUCAAAGUGUGAAGAACAUUGUAUUAUAGAAAAAAUUGUUUAACAUUUUUGUAUUAUACCACUUACCUAAAAUAAAAUAAAAAUUAUCUCAAAA